GGAAGAAGGAAGGAAGGAGGAGGAGGAGGAAUCAGAGCGAGAGAAACAGUGUGGCUGCAGUCAGGAGGGACACAAACACAGAGAGAGAGGAGGAGAUACAGAGAGAAGAGAAGGUAAGUUAGCCACAUUUGUCUGUUUAUUGCCUUUGUUUCCAGUGUGAACACGAGGUGUCUGAUUCGCUGCUAUUCAGUGUGUCUUUUCCAUUUCAUCCUCCGUCUGCCAGCUAACGGCACGCUGUAUGGAGGGAGAUCAGAGUGCUGUAGCACUGCGGAGAGAUGGAGGAGAGAGAGAGGGAGGGACGGAGGGAGGGAGGGAGGGCCGGCCGGCCGGUAUUAUGCUCUACAGACAGGAGGAAGUAGGAAUAGAAAGAAAGACAGAGAGGAGGUGAAACAGAGGGAAAUAAACAUCUGCCUGGGCUUUGCUGUGAGGGGGUGGGUGUCUGGGGAUCGGGGGGGUGUACCAUUUGAGGGACAGCACAGGAUUGUGUCAGCUGUCAACAUCUGUAGUUUUAGCUCCAUGUUGGAGAUGAUAUAAGUUUUUGUUGGACCACACCCUUUGAGAUUAUAUGAUGGUUUUGUUGUUGCAUUUGGUGAGGGUGUGAGUCUGGGAAAUGUGUGUGUGUGUGUGUGUGUGUGUGUGUGAAAAGGCAUGUUGGAUGCUGGCCAAACAUGCUUAGUGUUUCCCAUUGUCAGGGCAGUGGAUUAGCUGCGUGUGAGCGGUGUUUAAUCUCGAGCUGGCGAGGAGUCCAGCCAAAGUGCUCGAUCUUGUACUGACCGAGAUGUUGUCACUCUGAACUGUGUGUGUGUGUGUGUGUGUGUGUGUGUGUGUGUGUGGACAUGUAUGUAGAUAUACUGUCCACCAGUGUGUGUUAAUGUGCCUGUGUUGUGUCUGUACAUGCAUGUGAGAAAUGCUUUAGUACAAGAGGUUGCAGAGCUCAAAUAUUCCUUCUACUCCUGGCAUCAGUCCUCGGUUAAAAUCUUCGCCGUUUGGUGACUGACACAGAAAUGAUGUCCUCCACCAUAUUGUAAAAUCAUGCCGCUCAGACAGGAGCAGUGUAGACCCUCGUCAUCUGGCAAAGUGAAACAGUGUCUGAAAGGCAGCCUGCUUAGAACAGCUUGACCGAGCAUUUGUUGUUUUAGCGUCUCGAUGCCAAGGCAUUUUCACAGCAUUGUGGAUGAUGAAUUUUCAGAAAGAGCGAUGACGAUUGAGAGGGUGUUUCUCAUGAUCCCUACAACCUCACAGGCGGCACAAUAAUCACGGCAGAUGGCACAUUUCGUGUUGAAACAUCUUUUAAAUAUACAUAGAGGGCUGAGGCAUAUUCUAGCACACAAACAAUGGAGACCAUCCUCCCAAGAAGAAUGACCGCAUCAGUCGGGUCACUGAAACCUCAAGCAGCUGUAGUGGUUGUAAUGGGAGGAAAGGAGGAAGUCAGGUGAUGGUAUAAUAGAGCCAAAACAAAAUGUUUGACUUCAACACAGGAGUCUGCUGUUUGUUUCCUGUUUCAAACCAACAGACAGCGUUUCUUUCAUGAUUGUCCCCUUAGCGAAGUAGUCAUUUAAACCCAGCCGUUGGAAAAGGUAGGCCCUAAACUAGCCCCUAAUAAACUAAACUAGCCCCUAACAGCUAUAGACUUAUUACUGUGUUUAGAUAUUAAAAAUAUAGAAUUGUUUUACUAUUUUAACUCAUUGUUUCCCAAAAUAACUUACAAAAGGCUCCCAAAGCACUUAGAAAAUAUGCAACUCAACUGUUUAUUACUUACUGUGUACUUCUACUUCAGAGGAAAACAUUGUACUAAUACAUUUACACAGCAGAUUCAUAUUUUAUCCACAAAUUUGUAUUAAUAAUUUAACUCUCUAGCAUUGUUGAAAGCUCCCCCUUGAACAGACGUAUAUUUAGAUACUUUGUGCUAAUAAGGCUUCUCUUCCACUCUGCACUUCAAGUAAACAUUUGCAUGCAGGACUUUUGUUGUGCGGUAUUGUGUCGUAGGCCUAUACUUCUACUUCAGAGGAAAACAUUUACCUGACAUGCUAGUAAGUAACAGUCAAGAUGCUCAAUAUGUGUUCAGUUUAUCCAAAUAAAACCUAUUUUGGAAAUUUACUGCCAUCGUUUUCGGAGGUUUGAGAGCCUGCAUUCAACGAGCCGCCGACAGCUGCACAGAGUGCUGAUGCGGUGUUUUUCAAAGUUCAUGUUGAAUGUGUUGCGUGUCCAAAUUGCACCAAAUUCAACAAAGCACCUCCAGUAAUACACCCGCUAAGUGUGACGUAGAUCAGAUGAGCACUUCUGUAUAUAUGCGAAGAACACAUUUUUUGCUUUAUAGUUAAAUAUAUUAGUAGAUGUGAACCGCAGCCUCCUUUACACUUAUCCAUCCAGACCCCCUCCCUUUAAGUUCUUUGUCAAGUAAAGAUAAUCUCUGGUUUCAGAUUUGCUAUUUUGUCUGUUUUUGUAUCAUAUAUAUUUUAUCUUUAAAGUUGGACAUUUUCCAUGAUUUUCUGACAUUAUUUUGCACAUUAGAUUCAUAUUUUUAUUUGCACAAAUGAAUGAUUAGAAGAAUGAUCAGUUGCCAUCCUAGAGCCAACACAAUUCUUUAAGGAAAGAGGAAACCCCACACACUUGCUCAGUGUCAGUGUAUAGCAGUGGCUGCUCUGUAGUAUCUUCAGAAGCUCUUGCGGUUCAGGUUUUACUGGAUGAGGCAUCAAAGAGACCUUAAGAGACCUGAUGAAACUCUUGGCAGCGUGUUCAUCGCUGUGAGGGCCGACUUAUGCCCCGCUGAACCUGCUGACGUCAAACCACCUCCAGGGCUCUCGACUGAAAAGCAGGAGAAAAAAAGCUUGUGUGACAAAUAUAAAGAUGAAACUGUGAAUAGGAACAAGGGGGAGGGGGGAGGUGUCUGUUGGUUGUGUGUUCAUGUUCGUUGAAUGCUGUGAUUCCAAACUACUUCUCUGUGUAUGAAUGAGACAAUCACAUGUGGAUGACCAACACAAAGAAUAACAUUCAGUGGUUUACAAAUAUCUUAUUUAACACAGGAUAACGUCGAUAAUGCAGUGGCAGUGGUAGUAACUGCUGAUCCGUCUGCAUUUGAGCUAAAUGUGUCGAGAUGAAGGUUUUAUGACGAAGGCUGUUAUCUGAUCAGCUGACUUCUUCUGACCUCACCGGGGCUCCAUCAUGUUUGUGUGAUCUGCAGCUAAGCUCUUAACUAGAUUUGAACUGAAAAUGUCAUAUUUUUUUUUUUUGCAAAAAGCAUGUUUGAGUCUAUUUUUGGGAUCAGUGACGUUUUGGUGUUUGUAGCCGGGUUUUUGCAGUGAUGUGAGAUGGUGCUUUCUGAAGGCCUGUGUGAGCCAGGGGCAUCUGUUCGUAGUUUUAAAGGGGCAGUGAGAGAGAGAGAGCUGUCGGUAGUCAAGCAGACCAAACUGUGCUCUACUGAGCUCGUGCUGGUGUUGAUUCUCAGUGGGAUUAGUAUUUACUCAUGUCAUGGAGUAUGUAGUGGAGUACAAAUGGAAUACUUCUAAUAUGUCUUCAUUAAUCAUGUUAACACUCUUAAUGUUUUCCAGAGUAUGCAUAAUUAACUCUUAUUACCUACAUUUUAAAUCUAUAAACAUACUUAGCAACCAGGACCAAGGGCAUGGACACACCAGCAUUUAUAAUCUGUACAGAUUUAGCAUUGCACCCCUGUAACAUUAUUGGACUCUUGAUGGACAGUUUAAAACAAAGGAUCAAAGUCAUCACAGCAGAAUCAGAGGUGUUGUCUUUUCUUUUCUUCAUUGUUAAAACCUGGAAACUACAUGACCCAUAAUUCAACUCUGCCGGUGAAAAAUUUGUCAGAGAUUCGGAUGUUAGCGAGAUACAGAGGUACAGAACUCCACAUCUCCAGAUUUAUUAUAUUUUUAAACCAAUAUUUAUCAGCCACAAAAGGCUUUGUAUCUAUAUGUUACAUAUGCAGUAGUACUCCCCAAGACCUGUAGACAGACUUUGAUGUGUAAUAUCAAUGCUUUUCAUUUCAACAGAGUUACAGCAGUGAAUGCAUUUGCUUGUGAAUCUAUCUGGAGCCUUUACGUAUAUUUCAACUUUGGUGAACUUUGGCGCACAAAUUUGCAUUUCUGAUUACUCACAAACCGUCUUUUCAGUGCUGAAUUUUAUGGGAACGGACAACUGGAGAACCCAAAAUGAAGAAAACUAUCUUAUGCCAUUAGCUGUGUUAUACCGUCCGAUUUUAAUUUUGCUUUGGCAUUGUUUGUGCGAUCUACUCCUGUCUCAUGACUGACUCCCGAAAUGUUUCGUAAUGUUACGUAACUGUUCGUUUAUAGUCCAGGUAGUGGCUGAGAGCACAAUGGUCACUAUGUAAUCAGUGUUUGGUGCAAAGGCUGCUACGAGAGGUUUUAUACAGACAGAAAAUUAUAUUAUUAUUAUUAUUAUAUAUUCAUCAAAUUGCAACUUUGGAAAAUCAAUGCAGAUUUUUUUAAUUUGAAAACUUUAAACAUAAAUUAAGUUUACUUUUGUUCCUCAAUGAGUCAAACUCACGACCACCUCAAUCCAUUGAUUGUCAGGAGAAUCAGUGGGAACGACACCCCCCCCAUGGGUGCCACUUAGAGGUGCUCCCACAAUGCCGUUCUCUGAAGACCUCACCAGGUUAGAGGAUGAUGUCAUUCUCCCACGACUCUUAACUCACUCAGCUGCUGCAGGUGUAAUGAACCACAAGCUUUUGAUUGUUUUGUUAUUGGUGGAAGUAGAAAAGAAGCUGAUGAUGCAAAGAAUGGUGACAAUAAAGAUAUUAGAAAUGGAGAUUCUCUAGUCAUGUUACAAGCCUUGAUUUUGGGACGUGUUUAUGUCAGAGAGGGUUGUCCUCUUAAGUCAUCACAGGGUCAGGCUCUGCUCAUUCCUCACGGUCCUUUUCAGAGCCAGGCAUCAAGAUGUCUUAUCCCUUUAUAGUCCAAGAGUUUAUUAGUUAUUUGAGGACCUAACUAUAGAUUAGAGUAAAUUAAGUAAGUUAUGUAAGUAAGUUAUGCCGUGGGCUACAACAUUGUUGUUUUUAUGAGCCUAAAUUUGUUGACAUUUUGGCCCCAUUUAAAGUGUGCUGUAUUGGCUAUUAGCUUUUCCUGGUUGCAAUGUACGUUUGGAUGUACAGACUAUUACUGGAUUAAUUUGACACCGAUUAUGGAGAUUUAUUUGCAGUUUACUUCCUUUUAUUAAUAAUAAACAAAUAUUAACAAUACUUUUAGAAACACGUUGACAUUAUUUUUUACUAUAAAUAAGGACGACUAAUAUGAUUUCAGUUGGACUUAGUCGUCUUAUAGUAAUAGUAUAAUAAAUGAGGAAAGUUUAAAAACAAAAUGAGGAACUAUUAAAGUUUUUGUUGCUGAAGAUGGUCGUGGGUGACACAAAUCAGUGAAAAGUGAAUAUUGAUAUGAGUGAAGCACUUUACCAGUGAAACUACAGUAUAUUGAUGAUGAUGUUUCUUUCCUCCUCUGAGUUAAAAAUAGUGACGUUAUGGAGAAAAUCCCAUCUGACACACUUGAGAAUAAAGAGCCUCUCUUGUGUGUCGUUCCCACUGAUUCUCCUGACAGAACAAAGAAUAAAAUAAGCGCUGCCUCCCUCCUCAUCUUUUCCUCAUCCCUCUAUCUGGCUCUCUAAUAUCCUCUCUGUUCAUUAUUCAUGAACUCAUUGCUGUCUCCGGCUGUCUGUGGUGCGCUUAAUCAUAUUCUGAAUAUUUACCAUCCAAGCACAAGGAUACAUUUCAGAAAUGCUUUAGGAGGAAGGAGAAAAUUUCAAUCUUGCAAUAUAGAAACAUUAAAAUACAAUGUACGGUGCUGUACUGUGUUUUUCAUGAACAAGCUCAUAGAAAUACAGAAGCGCGACUGUUUGCCUUGACGUUGCAAUGUAUAGGAACUCCUCCCACUCAUCCCACUGGGAAGAUUCCCACCCCAGUUCCAGUCACGUAUCUUGAUGGACUGUUUGGGAUACUCAAUCUUCAUCAGCAUUGUCUUCCUCUCCUAACUCCUGUUCCCCUGAGUGUUUAGUUUGUCUGCAUUUCUAAUCCCAGACCUGCUAUUCCUCAUCCGUCCUCUACCUGCCACUGCAGAGUCUGCACACCACCUGACCAAAUCAUCUGCCUGCACAGCUGCUUCACAUUAGCCUCACAAUGAACUAGAUAUGUUGUUUCCAGCCUUGUUCCUGUCCUGGCCAUCUGCUUGCCUUAUAGCUUUUUGGUCUUAUUUUGGAACUUACUUCCUUCAUGUUGCUGUCUGCAAGCUGCUUUUACCCCUCUGAUAUAAACCUGUUUCUCCAGUCUUGUUGGUUGUUAGCUUUAGUGUUUCUUUCUGUGUCAAUCAGUCAGUGUUUCUAGAUUGAUUUGAUAUGUUCCUGCAAUAACUGCUCAAAGAGCGAUCACUAAACACUGAAAAUUCACAGAUUUGUAAAAAUGAUUAUUGAUAUAAGCUCAACAGUCUCAAGGUAACACACCAAGACAAGAUGCCUCAUCUUGACAGGCGUCCGUAAGGUGACGGACACGGUAACACGAACAGCAAUGUUUAUUUUACACAUACAAAGCAGACACGCACACUACUGUCAGACAGGUUAAGCUUCUUUUCUAAACAGUCUGAAUAAAAUACAAUUUCUGUCAAUAUUUUCACAACCUUGCGUCCACAUUUUUGUAACCCAUACUGUUUAUCGUUGAUGUUCAACACAACUCAUUCAAACAAGCUAAUACUCUUUAUUGCAGCUUUGUUGUGUGGUUUUGGUUUUACUGCAUUUUCCGGUUGUUUUGUUAUCGGAUCAUAGUGUGAUAUGUUGGAGUCUGCGGUUUGUGUUAUUGACUUGUGUUUCUAGUGGCAGGAAGUAUGGAGAAUAUUGAGUGGAGUGACGAGGAUAUUGAUCUGUAGGGACUGCAAUAAUCCAGCAGUCUGUGCGGUACUUCAGCCGACUGUAGCGGUGUAGAUCUGUCAGCUUAUGAAUAUAGAUAUAUAAAGAAAGUUAUUGUACAGUAUGUACUGCAACGAAAAUUAAUUUAGUCCUUUUAUGGAGAGCUAAAAUCAUUUUCCGAGUAGGCAACCAUAUUGUAUAGAAUACUGUUUGUGCCAGAUGAUCCCGUUACACACCAACACAAACACACAGGGCCUGGUGAGACUCAGCGUGAUUAAUAGUACUAUAAUGCCAGCCGACUUGCACAUACACACCUACAUGUUCACAGACGAGGUAACUGCGCUGCAAAAUGGGAGAAAUGCGGCUUGGAUUUACAACAUGAAGCCUACAUGGGGAUGAUAUAUGGCUAUAAAUAACACCAUUACCUUUUUAUUAUUUUGCUAUUUGUGAGAAUAUCCUCUCAGAAACUGAAAGGAUCUGUAUGGAAUGCUGAUUAUAAUUACAAUACCCCCCCUUCCAGGUUUCCUCCCCUCCUCACCUCACUGACCCAUGAAAGAAGCCAUGCCGGUCCUCACAGCAGGAGCGGGGCUACAUGAAACGUUGGCCCUGCUGACCUCUCAGCUGCGGCCCGAUGCCAAUCACAAAGAGGACAUGGUCUUCCUGAAAGACGUCUUCAGUGAGCGGAGUUUGGGAUAUCUCAUGAAGAUUCACGAGAAGUUGAGACAGUAUGAGAGACAGAGUCCAACACCCGUCCUCCACAGUGCCUCUUCUCUGGCAGAGGAUGUGGCAGAGGAGCUGCAGAGCGGACCAAUGAGCACCGAAGAAAAAGAGCUGCUGCUCCUGCUGACGUCACCACAUCUCAAGGCCGUUCUCUCGGUGCACGACACCGUGGCACAGAAGAACUUUGAUCCCGUGCUGCCGCCGCUGCCAGAUGACUUCGAGGAUGAGCUGGAGGAAGAGUCGGUAAAGAUUGUCAGGCUAGUGAAGAACAAGGAGCCUCUGGGAGCCACCAUCAGGCGGGAUGAAGCCACUGGGAUGGUGAUCGUGGCUCGAAUCAUGAGAGGAGGUGCAGCUGACCGAAGCGGAUUGGUCCAUGUAGGAGAUGAACUCAGGGAGGUCAAUGGAGUCUCUGUGAUCCAGAAGAGGCCUGAUGAGAUCAGUCAGCUGCUGUCCCAAUCCCAGGGCUCCAUCACUCUAAAGAUAAUCCCUGCCAUUAAAGAAGAGGACCGACUGAAGGACAGCAAGGUGUACAUGAGAGCCUUGUUUGACUACAUCCCGUUGGAAGACAAGGCGACACCUUGCCAAGAAGCGGGACUUCCUUUCAAGCGGGGAGACAUCCUGCAGGUCGUGACCCAAGACGACCACACGUGGUGGCAGGCCAAGCGUGUGGGAGACAGCAACCUGCGGGCCGGACUCAUCCCAUCCAAACUGUUCCAGGAGAGGCGACUGGCCUACAGGAUGAAAAUGGGCACACUUCCGAAUCCAAAAUCCCCUAAAAAGCCCGUCUAUGACCAAGGAUGUGAUAAAGAGGACUGUGACUGUGAGGGCUAUUUCAAUGGACAGUACAUAGUCUCUCCUAAGUGUAAAGCAGUGGCGCCCUCCUGUGGCCAGGUGUUUUCCUGGGAAUUUUAUUCAGCUGGUCUACGGAGGAGUUUCCGGCUGAGUCGCAAAGACAGACAAGGGUCCUCCGGAGAGGGUUCUGAUCCCAGGGACAACGAUUACAUGACUUAUGAAGAGGUGACCCGCUAUCAGCAGAGGCCCAAUGAAAGGCCCCGUCUGGUGGUUCUGAUCGGAUCUCUUGGAGCACGGAUCAAUGAACUCAAACAGCGUGUGAUUGCUGAAAACCCACAUCGUUUCGCAGUGGCUGUACCACAUACCACCAGGCCCAAGAAGCCUCAUGAGAAGGAAGGUGUGGAGUACCACUUUGUUACCAAACAGCAAUUUGAUGCAGAUGCUUUAAACAACAAGUUCAUAGAACACGGGGAAUACAAGGAAAACCAAUAUGGCACAAGUAUAGAGGCAAUCCGCUCUGUACAGGCCAAGAAUAAGAUGUGUGUUGUGGAUGUGCAGCCUGAGGCCCUGAGGAGGCUGCGGACAGCAGAGUUCAAGCCCUAUGUAAUAUUUGUCAAACCUCGUGUUCCUGAGAGCAGACGUCGCCGCAGUGCUGCAACUUCACCAGGAGGGGGAGAGCAUGGCCGCAUUACAGACGAAGAUCUCCAAGAGAUGCGUCAGUCCGCGGCUCAGAUUGAUCAACAGUAUGGACACCUGGUAGACCGGAUCCUGAUCAAGGAGGACUCAGUCAGUGCCUGUGCAGAACUUCGAGGUAUCUUGGAAAGGCUGGAGCGAGAAUCCUUCUGGGUACCUCUCAGCUGGGUGCGGACCUAAACUUACCCCC